AUGUAUCUUGUUGAUUAUUACUUACGCUCUAUUUACAAUAGCGUUGAGUUAGAUUUUGAUAAGUAUCUAUGCUCUGGUUCGUCUAUUUUUUUAGAACACAUUUCUUUACAGCACUAGAUGUAUUGCUAAAAGCCUUAAUUUUGCUUUUGCUCAACUAAAGUUGAUGAGAAGGAUAAAUACAAAAGAAGUGAAUUGGUUUAUGAAUAUAUAGAAAGGUAUUUUGAAGUGGAAUUGGAAAAUAUCAAGAAAUUGAGCUUUUUACAUGUUUCAUAUUUGGCAUUUCUUUUAGAUGUUUAAAUGAAUUUCAAUAAAUUUUUUGUGAAGGCAAACUAAAUUAUGAGGAAAUGCGAUAGUUAAAUUUUGUAUUUAAAAUCUAUUAAAUUAUUGGUUUAGAUUGGUAUCCUCUUCAAAAAGGGAGCAUUAUUUUAAAAAAAUAACUAAAAUCCACAAAAUAUUUAAUUCAUUGAGAUCCUUGAAUUCGAUGAUAAAAUUAAUUAGUGUUUCCUUUACUCAAAGCAGUUUUUAGAUUAAAAAAAGCAACUUUUAUAAGAUAUUGGUUAAGAUUACUUUGAUUUAAAUAAAGCAAAUUCUGAUUUACUGAAGCUAUUUCAUUUUAGAUAAGAAAUUUACAUAAGUCUUUAGCAAUUGAUAAAAAAGUAAAUCUCAAAUAACUAACUGAAUUUUUUAAUUGAUGUCUAUGAAAAUUAUCUUUCUCCAGAAACUUAACUGAGUUAACUGCUUAUUAGAUUAAACAAAAAAAAUAUUUUAAAUCAGAAAAGCCAUAAUUUUUAAAUAGAUGGCAAAAAAUGUUAUGCUUUUAUAAGUCUCUCUGAAAAUAGAGGAUAAGUAAUAAAAAUAUCAAAUAAUUUUGAUCAGAUAGUGCCAAAUACUUCGAACAAAGAUGUGAUUGGAAAGAAUAUAAACUUUAUGCAGCCAAGCUCUAUUGCUAAAGUGCAUGAUGCUAUUUUAAAUAACUAUUUAACUAAAUUUUAAAGUAAAAAUAGUUCCAUGCACCUAAAUCCAAUUAUAGGUGUUGAUAAGGACAAUUGGGCAAUUCCUUACUAAAUAAAGUUAUAAACUUGCCAAUUAGCAACAUAUAAUUAUGGUGUUUGUGCUCAAAUAAAUUUAAUCGAAGAUUGCAAUUAAUAUAUUUUAAUCGAUUAAGCUAAAAACUACGAAAUCAUUACAGUCUCAAAUUCAUUCUAUAAAUAAAUACUCGAAUAAUCUGUGGGUAAAUAAACCGUCAGUCAUUUAAAAAUUAGCUAAAUUAUUCCUUGUUUGCCUGAUAUGUAUUUGAAUAUAAAAGAAAGUUAGACUAUUAAGAAAAAUAUUAAUUGCGAUAAUUUUACCACUGUUAUGAUUAAGCCCCAAGGUAAAAAUUAAUUAGAUUGGAUGAAAAAUCCUAUUCUAGACGAUGUGAGCGAUUCUAAUUUUUUGGAAUUAGAUAUUUAUGCAAUUAAAGGCGAAAUGAGUUCUAUUGAAAAUUAAUUUCUCCAUUUGAUUUAGCUUAAAAUAUUUGAAAUAGUUUAAAUCUAAGAAAUUCAUGAAAAAAUUGAGCAAUUAUAAAACGUUUUUUCAAUUUUAAAAAAGCGUUAGAUUUAAAAAUCAAGCUUUUCUAACAUUGUGAUGUCUUUAGAAUAAAUAUAUCCACAAUAAUCCAGAUAAUCAUAGAGCGAUAAUAUUUUUAAUAGCUAUAAAAAUAGUAAUAAUAAUACUUUAACAGAUUAAUAUGCCAAAUAAAUUUAAGAAUAGUCAGAAUAUUCUGAUGAGCUACCAUUAGAAAGAUAACUAAACCAAAGAAUAGAAGCUUAAAAUACUCUUGACACUAAACUAUAAACUUUCUCACCAUUAAAUAGGUUUAGAGUGACUUAGGGAGAUGACUAUUUAAAUGAAAAUAAUUUAGAAUUAACAAGAGUAACUUAAAUACUUUCUCCAUAAAAUAGCUUUGUAGCUUUAAAUAGCAAGUAGUUUUAUUAACUAAAUUCAACAGAUAGAGAAUUGUCUAUAACAAGUAGAAAUCAAGCAGAAUAACUAACCUUAUUGAAUAAAAAAAGAUUUAGCAAACAAAAAUCUAAUCUCUAAAAUGAAUUUAACACCUUUAAUUCUUUAAAAUAAAAAUCACUAACUCUUAACUACUACAUAGAAAAUCACAAAUCAAAAAAUAACAUUCAAAAACAAUAAGAAUAAGAUCAAAAUAACUAAAUCGCCUAGUUUAACAAAAAGCAAGAAGCAAAAACUAACAAACAAAAUUUCAAAGCAGCUGGAAGUCUAUAGUCUUUUAAUUCCCAUUCAUCUUCAAGGAAAAACAUAUUGACAAAUAUAAAACAAAUUGAUAAAUUUUUAGGAUUGCUUCUAGUUAGAGUUUUAGGAAUUUUGGGGCUAGUUACAUUUUUGGUUGUAACACUGGUUUAUUUUUUAACUUUGAAUAAGUAACUGGAAAACCAAAAAGAUGACUACUCAAAUUUAACAUGGAGUUCUCAUUUAUAAUCGCCAAUAGCUGAAAUAAUUACAGAUAAUGUUUUCUCUAGGACAUUUUUUCUUCCGUUUUUAGUCAUUCCAUAAUAAAAAUAAGUUUAAUUAAGUAAAGAUAUAGACUAUGAAUUGCGUAUUAAUUACAAUAAUACCAAAGCUUCAAUAGAAAAAUAUAUGAAAUCAGAUAAAUCUACUACUUAGUUAUAUAAUAUCGUGCUUAAUGAGAAUAUUGAUUAUACUUUUUUAUAAUCUAUGACCUUAUACGAUAUACAUAGUGUUAAUUUUGGGUAUGCUCUUGAAAUGAUUUAUGCAUUAUCAUUUUAAGUAGUAAAUGGUUUAGAUACUACUACUCUUAAUCUAAUACAAAUAGGAUUAAACUUGGUUAGCAUUUCUGAAGCUUUGACUCGUUUUAAAACCCAGGCUGGUGAUUAAAGAUAAAAAAUUUUAAGCUUAUUUGCUACUAUAUCACCAUAAAAUAUAGCAUACAUGCUUGCUAAUAUUGCAGAUUGUCAAAAUUUAAUGGAGAAAAACUCAAAGAAUUUUGAUCAAAAAAAAAAGUUAAGUUCCAAAAAUUUAAAUAACUAAACAGAAUAAAAAAGUGUUUCGUAAUUUAAUUAAGGGAUUUUAGUUUAAAAAAGGAAGAAUAUUAGCAUAACUAACCACAUUCCUUAUUUUAGCUUUAAAGUUGUUUUACUCUCAUUAUUUUUCUUUGUUUUGGCUUAAUUUGGUUCAGUUACGAAUUAUAUACUUGUUAAUAAUUUCAUAGAAGAGGAAAAAGCAAACAGAGAAUUCAUAGGCGAUUUAAUGAAUGUUUAUGAGUUUUGCAUCACUACUAGUACAUUAAGAAUUCCUUUGAUUAUUUAUAAACUACAAGACAAUUUAUCCUAAACCUAUAUAGAUCUGAUUAAUUAGAAACUAUAAAUGGCAGACGGAAUCUUAAAAACAAUGUACGAUUUAGUAAAUAAAGUAUAUAAUGAUAAAAGAUAUGAAUAAUAAUCUUUUAAAAAUUUUGUGAUGCAAGCCUUACAAGACGAUUCUUGUUUAGUAAUUUAAUAAAAUCUAAAUCUUUUGGAUAAUCCAUAAUUUUCGUUGGAAUUAUGCAAUUCAAUUGCUAAUGGAGUUUUUUAAUAAGGACUUAUUUAAGUAGUAAAAUUACAUACAGACUUGUACUCAUAAAGAUCUCCUGAAAUUUUAAAAUCUGACAUGUAAAACUUUUUUGAAAUGAUAAUACGACAAGAAUAGGAUUUGAGUGAAACUGACCAUUUUUAUUUAAGAAUAUAUCUUGAAUAUGUUAUUGAAUGUAUUGAAUCAAAAAUUACUCAAAUUACUUACGAUCAUUAUGAUUAUAUGAUUAAAAUGAACUAGAUAAUAUUCUCUGUAUCAGUAAUAGCAUUUCUAUUUUUAAUAUACAUUUCUUUUUUCAAAUUUUUCGAAUAUUCAAUUGGUUAGAUCAGAUAGUCAAAGCUUCUACUUAAUUUACUAGAUAUUAAGGCUAUAGAAGAUAAUUAAUAUAUUUUAACUUACUUAUAAAUUCAAAGAUGA